AUGCCCUGGCGGCCUCUGCCACGCAUUGCUUUCGCGGUCGCCAUAUACCCUUUCCAGCCCUCUUCUCCUGCCGAUCUCCCUCUCGAACUUGGCGACGAACUCUACAUAAUUGAACAAGGCGGUAGCAAUGGCUCGUGGUAUCGAGGGUACCUCGUUGCUCCGCCUUCGCUCCUUGCCGGCUUGACGAGUGUCAAGGGCCAGACUCUAGAAGCCCGCGUGUUUUCUGGCAUUUUCCCGAGAAACUGUGUGGAGAUCCGAGAGUAUCUGGGGGAUGCUGACGGCCGCAAAGCUUUGGACAAGGGAGAUGCUGCAGCCCAGGCCAGCGGACAACAGAGUCCAACCUCUGAUGACGGCCAUAAUAUUCUGGAUAUUCCUGAAGAGCUGCUCUUGGGACCACGGUCGGUGUCAGUCACCACUCCGAUCCGGUCUCCCUCGGUUCCAUUGACUCCACCGGCGCGGAACCCAAACUCUCCCAAGCCUGCCGCUCCGGUUCCCAUGUUGAAAAUCGGGGACGAAACUCCAACGUCUUAUGAAGAGCCCCUGGUCGACGAAAUAGCUUCGUGCUUGCGGGAGUGGCAUUCGACAAAUCUCCAUGAGUUGCUGCUUACCCGUCAGUAUGUAUCUCUGGAGCAAGUAUCCAACAUCAUUCUCGAGCUAGACCUUGCGCGACGACAGCUCCUACACGAUGUCCUCACUGCAAAGGAGAAAGAUACCAUUCGCCAGGAUACUGUUUGGAGCCUGGUCCGCGGAAACAAGAUGCUCACCGGCGAGGUCAUUGUGCGCGAUCCGAAGCAAAAUGGUCGCCUGCUUACUGGAGAAGACUCGGCAAUCGAGCUCACAAAAUUACAGUCUGAGAUGAGCAUGCUGGAUAGCGAUCCGGCCCAAAAUGUAGAUUUUGUGUCGCUUCACCACAUGUUACUCGAAGUCAAGGCAGUUUCGGGCUCCAAUUCUGGGCUCGUUACCCUUAACAUGUACCUCGCUUCAAAAUCCGAAGAUGGUUCGUUGAAGCCGCUAUCAGAGACAUACACUUUGGAUGUUCCUUCCCCAGAGAGCUUUUCGGCCCUGGCCCACAGCAGCAAACUGAAAACGUUGUUCACGGAAUUGUGUGCGGCGGAUGUGGGCGAAGGUUCGGGGGCAAAUACACAGUUGUUCCUAGUGGUGAAAGUUCAAGCAGUCGAACUACCUCGGCCCUCACUACCGCCUGCUGUGCGAUCUCCCAGCUCGCGAGAUGGCACGUUGGCUCGAAGUGCAUCGACAAUGAAUAGCGGUAGGGGCGUCAAAGCACGGCGCAGUAUGGUCUGGAAUACGAAAUCCCCACGAACCGGGCAGCCAGAAACUAUCAAGGAGAAUCCUCCACAAUCAGCUGGUUCUACGGAUGCUCCACGUCAAUCGGAAAGCAGUUCUAAAGAGAACACUGUAAUUCGCACCAUAGGUGUUGGCAUUAUAGACGUCGCACACAUCAUCCGGCAAGAUAAAGAUGCAGAACAGGUUAUCACCAUCUGGUCCCCCGUCGAUGAGGAUGCCGAAGAAGAGGAAAACGACAACCAGGGCUUUGACGAGCUUAUUCGCACGGUUCUGCCCAGCUCUUCUGGUCGGUAUGUCAAAUCUCAUCGAUCAUCCCGACUUCACAUUCAUUUCCACCCGUUUGUUGGCUCCGAUCCUGAUGCUCUGAUUCGAAACAAUCCGACUUUGAUGCACAAUGUGACACAGACACGAAGAAUUGGAUUCGCCGCGGCUCCUUCAACCCCGAGAUCAGAUAUUUAUUUGACUAUUUCUCGCGCCAAGUUGCCCUUUCAAGCUUUGCUGUCCCAUCCCCAAGUUGGCCAAGUGCCCCUUAUUGCAAAUACUGGCUAUCGUAAUCUCCAGUUGACUUUGGAGAUUCGCAAUGCCAGCGGUGCUCGCCUGGAGCGUUGCAUCUUUGCUUCUUCAAACAGUUCCGGACACACUGCAUGGAGGACCACGGUUACCGACAAAGACUCUUCAUGGGAUCAGACGAUUCGUCUGAAAAUACCCACCGAAGAAGUCCCAGGGGCUCAUAUCAUCAUGAGCAUAGCGGAUGCCCCCGAGUUUCCGUUCGCCCUGUCCUGGUUGCCAUUAUGGGAUGAAGGCGCCUUUGUGCACAAUGGCCCUCAUUCUUUGCUGCUUCAUGCUUAUGACAAGGUCACUUCGAGCGUGGACGAGUCUGGCAGGGGCGCUUACCUCAAUCUGCCUUGGAGCUCCGCGAGCAAAGGUAACUCGGCAAAGGACGAAUCUGUCACAGGGUCUAUGUCUGCAUUACUUAUCGAAACCAAUCUCUGCAGCACAGAGCACUCUCAGGAUCAAAUUAUCUUGGGUCUCAUAAAUUGGAAAAGACAAGAAAAUGGUGACAUCCUGAAGUUAUUGCGACGAAUUCUUUUUGUUCCGCAGAUUGAAAUCGUGAAGCAGCUGAGAGACGUCCUCGACGCUCUAUUUGGGAUCCUUGUGGACAAUGCGGGCAUCGAAGAGUUUGAGGACCUCGUCUUCAACGCGCUAGUGACGGUUCUAGGCAUCGUUCACGAUCGAAGAUUCAACCUGGGACCGCUUGUCGAUCGCUACACGGAAACGCAGUUCAAUUUUCCAUUUGCCACUCCAUGCCUCGUUCGAAGCUACCUGCGUCUUCUGCAAGGAAGCGACUCUCCAGAGCAGUCACGCAACCUUCGCGCAGCUUUCAAAGUCGGUCGCCACCUUUUGAAAUUCAUCAUCAACGCCCGAGAACAACAAAAGCUGAAGGAAGAGGGAAUCGGUGUCACAAAAUCAACCUUCAACCGUGACUUGCAUUCCAUCUUCAAGUGUCUGGAAACGUUGAUGCGAAACCCUUCCCCGGCUAUGAUUGGCAACAAAACUCUGGUGGUACAGCACAUCCACAGCUGGUUUCCUGAACUUACCAGCGUCUUGGGCAAAGACGAAAUCAUCAUGAUUGCGCUGAGCUUUAUGGAUGCCUGCAAGGAUGUCAAGGGAAUGCUUAUCUUGUACAAGUUGAUUCUUAUUCAAAAUUACACGAGACUUGAAGUUUUUACUUCUGGCCCUGAAAGAGAUACUCUGAUAUCUUCCUGUCUCGGGUGGCUUGAUCCAUAUUGGGGUUCUAUAGGCUCCAUUUCUGACCAGUACAGAGAUCAAGUGCGCUUAUGUUCGUCAAUCAUCACUGAAUUGCUGCAACAGCCUGACCGAAAGCUAUAUGGCUUUAUGGGCAAGAUAACCUCGUCUUACUGUGCCAUUAUUCUCGAGGGUGUUGAAGAUACAGACUAUCUUUCCAUGCUCUAUUCUAAAUCAUUCCCAUUCCAAGUGAAAGCGUCUAAACGCAGUCAAAAAUUCGACGAGGCGUUAGUUGAACUUGCUGGCCUGAUGGCUUCUAUCUCAAAUAUCCAGAACCCUAAACUGCCAGUUCUCAAACAGGAUGAUAUGGCGGUGUUCUUGUCCAACGCACUUGAGGCUCACAAAUCAAUCAUAAACUGCGAAGCAUAUCCUGGAGACUGGCUUAGCGUUCAUAUCUACAACCAUCGUGCUGCUGUGAAGGACCUCGAAAACAUUUCGUCUUUAUUGACCGAAUUCUUCCUCCCUCCUCCAGAUGACGCCGACAGUUUCGACACCCGACUCUGGGAACUCUUCUUCACCACUUUGCUGAAGGUCGUCUCUAGCGAGGCUCUUGCUCUUGAGACGUUCCCGGAACAAAAGCGCCGAGCAGUCUGGAAGAUUGGCGGUGAUGUGCGAGAACAAGGGGCUGCGCUUUUGCGUCAAUCCUGGGAAGCAAUCGGAUGGGAUACCACUGAGGAAGAGAAAGCAAAAUACGGGCUAAAACGGCUUGGUGGGUUUCAAGUACAAUACGUGCCUAACCUGGUGCCUGCAAUCAUUGAAUUAUGUCUCUCGGUUCAUGAGGGUCUUCGGCACGUGGCUGUAGAGGUUCUGCAGACCAUGAUCAUUAGCGAAUGGGAUCUCAACCAGGACUUGUCCAUCAUCGAGAUGGAAAUUGUCACUAGCCUUGACGUGCUCUUCCAAACAAAGCAUAUGAACGAAAGCAUUGCACAGAAGCUUUUCAUCACUGAGUUGCUAGGGCUGUUCGACAAGGAUCCCGAAUCCGAGGAUGCGUUGACUACAGACGUCAAGGGUCUCAUCAGUACUAUUGAUGAGCUGCUAGAUCUUUUGGUCUCGAGCAAUGGCGGCGGUAUAACCGAAAGCCUCCAUACUUUGCGACUCAUGGAAUUCAUGAAGGACAUGGGCAGAGAGGACAUAUUCAUCCGAUACGUUCAUGGACUCGCCCAAUCCCAGAUUUCUGAAUCAAACUUUGCCGAGGCUGGUCUUGCACUUCAGUUCCAUGCCGACCUCUAUGCCUGGGAUCCGACAAGAUACCUUCCUGCGUUGUCGAACCCUGCAUAUCCCGAACAGAAUGCUUUUGAAAGGAAAGAAGCAUUGUACUUUGAGAUUAUCCAGCAUUUCGAAGACGCAAAGGCGUGGACUCAUGCUCUUGCAUGCUACAAAGAGCUCGCUGAACAAUACGAGUUUAUCGCCAUGGACUUUGCGAAACUUUCACGCGCACAGAGUUCAAUGGCCAAGAUCUACGAGGCGAUUUCCAAGGAAGACAGGUCUUUCCCACGCUUUUUCCGCGUCUUCUAUAAGGGCUUGGGUUUCCCUACCACUCUACGUGAUAAGCAGUUUAUUUUUGAAGCAAUGCCGAACGAGCGAAUGUCGGCUUUCACCGAUCGCAUGCAGAAACUACAUCCGUCGGCACAAAUCAUGUCUUCGGGGGAGAUUGAUGAUAUCGAAGGCCAAUUCUUGCAGAUUGCGUCUGUCAGUCCUUAUAGGGACACGCUACACCCUGUAUAUCAGCGUUCCAAGGUUCCUUACCGUGUGCGUGAACAUCUACUGAUAUCGGUGCCGAAUCAAUUCGCCUUUACCUCCAAACGGCAUACUGGCAGUCUGGACAUCAAAGAGCAUUGGGCCGAGAAGACUGUUUUUACCACGGCAGAGCCAUUCCCGAAUAUUCUUCGCCGGAGUGAAAUUGUUGCCACGGAGAUAGUCGACCUCAGUUCUAUACAGACAGCCAUCGAACGAACGUGGCGAAAGACGCAAGAGUUGCAUCUUCUCGAGAAGCUCGCAGCUUCUGGAGACGAUACCAGUCUUUCUAGUUUGACUGAUGCUUUGAUUCAGCUUCUUGAUCUCGGCAUUGGACAGACUAGCUGUGUCGCGAUCUAUCGAUCGUUUUUGUCACAGGACGAGAAGCAUGGAAUCGAGAAUGAGGAUGAGGAUGCCGAGGAGGAGGAAGAAGAAGAAGAGCAGAAGCCAAUUGACCCGCUGGAGAACGCACUUGCCGUGGCUUUGAUUGACCAUGCGCUCUCGAUCAAACACAGUCUGUCGCUGUACUCUCGGCCCUCUCACAAAGCGACCCAAUCGGAGUUCUUGAGCCGUUUCGAAGAAGUGUUUGCACCAGAAAUUGCGUCUCUCUCUGCACACUCACAGCUCCUUUCACCCCCUCCCAGUGCCAGCCAUUCCGGUAGCCGAUCUACGCCGCUUGCAAACGGGAACAAUAGCGCAGAGCUGGGAGCUCGGUCUUUCAGCCCGGAGCAAGAACUUAUUCGGUCGACGCGCGUCAAUGGAAACAACGUGAAGCAUGCUCCGAAAUCCUCGCUCAGCCAUCGAAUCAGUAUCGUCAACCCUUUCAAGAGAUCUAACCACGGUGCUUCGGCGUCGGUUGCAACUACGGGCACUGCACACCAAACAGAUGGCAAGUCACAUCGCCAGUCAACAGAUCUACAGGGUUACGACGAUGACGCUGCAACAAUCAAUUCUCGAGCCACCAGCCGUGGAGGAAGAAGCGACAAACGCCGAAGCUGGUUCGGAGGGGAGUCGAAAUCAAAAUACAAAAUCACCCCUUCUGUAACUGGCGCUGGGGACGACGGCGACGAAUCCCGAUCCCGAAGGAAUAAUUCGCGAACGCGCAGUGCGACGGAGAAAUCAGUCAAGUCGGCCAAGUCGCAAGACGAUCCUCAUCAUCAUCAUCACAGGCGACACUCCAGACUAGAAUCAAAAAAGAGCACGCCAGUAAUUACUGCCAACGAAUGGGACACUGCUGCGACAGCACUGCCCAGAACGUCUUAUUCCGAACGACCACGGACGUCUGGAGAAGAAAGCUUGAAACAGUCGACUGCCAAUGGCACUUCCUCUAUUGCGGUAUCACCCGUGCCUACCUACAGCCAGGAUUAUAGCAGCACUAAUGGAAACGGCAACCAAAAUCCCAGUGGUGUUCGCGACUCUGUCAAGAAAAGAUUCAGCUUGCUCAAGGGUAUUAACCGGAAAUCCAGCCGUCUGAAUGUUCGUGACGACGGAGGAGCUAUGCGCAACGGUAGCUUUGCUCAGCCUUUGCGUGAGGAAUAA